CGGGAUGCGCCCUUCCAAGUCUGCAGAAGACUUAACUGAUGGUUCAUACGAUGAUGUUCUAAAUGCUGCACAACUUCAGAAACUCCUUUACCUGCUGGAGUCGACUGAGGAUCCUGUAAUUAUUGAAAGAGCUUUGAUUACUUUGGGUAACAAUGCAGCCUUUUCAGUUAACCAAGCUAUUAUUCGUGAAUUGGGUGGUAUUCCAAUUGUUGGAAACAAAAUCAACCAUUCCAACCAGAGUAUUAAAGAGAAAGCUUUAAAUGCACUAAAUAACCUGAGUGUGAAUGUUGAAAAUCAAAUCAAGAUAAAGAUAUACAUCAAUCAAGUCUGUGAGGAUGUCUUCUCUGGUCCUCUGAACUCUGCUGUGCAGCUGGCCGGACUGAGAUUGUUGACAAACAUGACUGUUACCAAUGACCACCAGCACAUGCUUCACAAUUACAUUACAGACCUGUUCCAGGUAUUACUUACUGGAAAUGGAAACACGAAGGUGCAAGUUUUGAAACUGCUUUUGAAUUUGUCUGAAAAUCCAGCCAUGACAGAAGGACUUCUUCAUGCCCAAGUGGAUUCAUCAUUCCUUUCCCUUUAUGACAGCCACGUAGCAAAGGAGAUUCUUCUUCGAGUACUUACACUAUUUCAGAAUAUAAAUAACUGCCUCAAAAUAGAAGGCCAUUUAGCUGUGCAGCCUACUUUCACUGAAGGUUCACUGUUUUUCCUGUUACAUGGAGAAGAAUGUGCCCAGAAAAUAAAAGCUUUAGUUGACCACCAUGAUGCAGAGGUGAAGGAAAAGGUUUUAACAAUAAUACCGAAAAUCUGAUUGGUCAUAUUUUUCCAAAGAGUAAUGCAGUCUGGAUGUAAACGUAUUUUCUAUUUUCCUUGUAAGGGGAUUCUUCCAGCUGCUGAAUUUAAACAGUAAAUAUCGCAUUUCAUCAUUAACACAGCUAUAACUUGCCAUGCUUCUAGAUUUAUUUUGGACUGUUUUGAUACCGAGUAUAAGAGCUUGUACUGAAACCGUUUCUUUCUUUUUAUUUUGCUAUUUGCAAAUACUUGUUAUUUUCCCUAUAUGAAGUGGCAGUAACCUUUUUCACAUUUAAGCUACCCUUCUAUUUUUUGAAGUGAUUUGCAGUUACUCAUCUGAGACAGCAUCAGUAUUUGACUAAAUCGUUGCUUCAGAACUAUCAUAGCUUGUUCUUUUAGUAGCAGUGAAAUCCUAAGUUCUUGAGGCCACUCACCUGCCAACCUGACCAUACUGCUUUCAAAAGUCUUUUCUCGUCAGUAUAAUCUAUUUUGGUCACUUCUAGUCAGUGAAAAAUGUAAACUUUUAGGAGAGAAUGUUUCCUAGGACUCAGCCACUCCCCUUCACUGUUCAAUAUGUAAAGUAAGUUAUAUAUAAAAUAGUGGGAUCAAUCACAAUGUCCAUCUUUAGACAGUUGGUUAAAUAAAUUUUCUGGUCUUGGAAAAGAAUGAUGGAGGCCAGGCACAGUGGCUCAUGCCUGUAAUCCCAGCACUUUGGGAGGCUGAGGCGGGCAGAUCACCUGAGGUCAGGAGUUUGGGACUAGCCUGACCAAUACGGAGAAACCCCGUCUCUACUAAGAAUACAAAAUUAGCUGGGCAUGGUGGCGCAUGCCUGUUAAUCCCAGCUACUUGGGAGGCUGAGGCAGGAGAAUCACUUGAAUCCAGGAGGCAGAGGUUGCAGUGAGCUGAGAUCGCACCAUUGCACUCCAGCCUGGGCAACAAGAGCAAAACAGUGUCUCAAAAAAAAAGAAUGAUGGAACUCUGAAUGUGCUUAAGUGGAAAGCUAUCUAUGAAAUAUGGUGGUUUUUUUAAAAAACACAAAUUAUAGAAUAUGGGAUCGUGUGUGUGUGUGUGUGUGUGUGUGUGUGUGUGUGUGUGUGUUUAAAUGAAAAAUGCUUAUGUAUUGACAAAACACUUCUAGAAUGAUACCCAAACUCUUGUAGUGGGAGUGGGGAAUGCCUUCUACAUACACACUGUUCUACUGUUUGAAUUUUUUACUAUGAGCCCAAAUUAUAAAAUCUUUUUUUAAUAAAGAGGAAAAAAAUC